AAAAACAUUCCUAAAUGUGAUUUAACCGGCCGUGAAAGCCCUGAUAGAUUAGACUUAACCGGCUAGGACCAAAACCCUUUAGGCCAACUUUUUAUAAAAGUGUGUUAGCGAACGGAACCCGAUCGAACCACAAAGGCAGGCGAACCGCUGCCCUCAAAUGCACACCCGACUAUUGCUUUACAGUACCGCAGGGGCAUUUUUUUGUGAUAUGAAUCAAAAGUAUUUAAACAUUUUUUAAACUUGACAAGCCGGCAACGUUGUUUUCAGACGGGAUUUGCCAACAGUUUGCGUUCAUAUUUCAUAUAGGGGGUGGCCCAAGUAGAAGUUUUCAACAAAGAUGUGUUCUGUGGCGCGCUUGAAAGCUUUGAAAAAAUUGUGCUGGUGAGGUCACCCUAUAUACAUAUACAGAGUGGUCCUAAAACAAUUUAAAUAUCUACGGGGUCUGCUUCAUAACUGCUUGGUUGUUUGCAUGGAAGUUUUUCAAAUCGAGAGGACAAUCAGCUAAAAAACAUAUAGUUUUGCCGACCUCAAAACAACGUUGGCUGCUUGGCACUUGGACAAAGAGUGGUGGAUAAGACCCGCUCUUGUUAGGAAAUAAAUCUAGGUAAUAUUUGGUACAAGUAGACGACUAUCGAUUAACUAAUUAUGUCUUAAGGUGCCAAAGAAAAACAUAUACAACGCAAACAACAUAUUCCUACAUACAUAUUUUCAAAUCUAACACUUGUUUAAGCGCGACAUAUUGUUGUAUAUUUUAUUACAUGUUGCCCCAUCUGUGCGUGCUGCACCGCAUAUAAAUACACAGGGGGUGCAAGUGCUCCUACUAGAGGGCGCCCCAUCUUCACAAGUCGAUUACAGGGCAAUGUUGCCGCACACCCUGCAUAUUUAUAUGAUGCAGAUGUGGGCAGUGCAAAAUAUCUCUAACCGUUAUGUAGCUGAAAAUUUUAUAUUCCUACUCGUAAAUGUGUUACGUAUAUUUUUCCAUGGUUUCCAACAUAUUGCCAACAAACUUUGUAUGAGCAUUUUAUAUGGUGAAUUAUUGGUUUUUAAUGGUGGACUUUGUUUCUACAUAUAAGUAUAUAUUUUCGUUGGAAAUAUAGAAAUUUUAAAUGUUGGGUUUAACUGCUUCUAAACGCUGUACAACACAUUUUCCAAACUAAUCGACGAUUAAAUUUUUAACCACUGUUUAGUCGAACGGUGCAACCGGGCAUUAGCCGCUUCUCAUCAAAAAGGUGGUUUUUCGCAGUCAGGGCUUGAAACGCAGGAGUGUUCGGGCUGCAAAAGAACUUUUUCCGGGCGUUUCGCCAGCACGACUAGCUUGCACCUUCAGAGAUCAAGUGAACUUGCGAAUUAUUCUUACGACUACUUAGGCAUUUUCAACUGUUCAAAGCCCUGUUCCUUUAAAAUUUCCCUUCCGGGCGCACUUGUUGAAAAAUCGUUGGUUCUGCGCUGACAUUUCCCGACGUUGACAUACAAGUGUCACAAUGAAACCCCGAUUCUACGUGCAUAUGGGCCCCAAAACAGCCGACAAAGUGUCCUGCAUGUGGAAAGCCGCCCACAUUUCCAUAUUCUUGCUGAUUCUGGGCUCCAGUGGCGUGGCGGCGGCCUGCAUGUACAACAUCCUCGACAUGUACAACUUCAAUUGCAUCCUCUACGCCCGCGUCUCCCUGGAAUAUACGUUCGAGGAACGUUUCAAAGCGGUCGAUGAAGACAACGGCACGGAAACGACAUCGGAUAGACCGGAAACAACCGCCCAGCUUCAAGCCCGCGCAUUGGCCGACGACGUCCCGCCAAACUCCUCCUCCUCCAAAGACUCCUCUGGAUCGAAGGAUACUCCUCUGGAUCCAAAGCCCGCCGUCGGCUCUUUGCAGAGCGUCAAAGCGCUGCUCAGGCGCCUGGGGAGCGCCCACAGUCGACGCAAUCAGCCGCUCAAGGCCAGCUUCGGAGUGAACAAUACCGGUUUUCUCAACAUGCGGAAAACCGCCUUUGCCACCCUGUACAUGUGCGACCUGGUGCUGUUCGCCCCCUUGGCGUCGUUCAUCAUCGCGAUUUUCCUGGGCGCUCUGAUUGGCGUGGGCGGCAAAGGAGGGGCGGGCAAUCCGGGCGACGUCUUGCCCAACCCCUGGAUCUGCGUGUACCCGUUUCUGGGCCUCUGCGCCUUCAUGAUGAUCUUCUGCUUCAUUGCCGACAACAUCUAUCACAAGGGCCUGGCGGCCUUCUGCUCACGCUAUUUCGACCUGACCAAGUCCAAGGGGUGUUCGAGGCGCAUGGAUCACUACAAUGUCCAGUUCAGCGCGGAUCAGAAAGGGCCGCCCAGGGCCUUCUACCUGAACUACCUCAUAGGCAGCUACGGGGUGCAGCUCACUUCGGCCCUGUGGGCGCUGCAGUCGUUGAUCUACGUCUUCCGCAUCAUCUGCCUGGCCGAUUUCUCCCUGUACUUGACCAGGAUCCGGCUGAAGGACGAUGACAAGGGGCCUGACCCGAAAAUGGCCAGCGUCGUGCUGCGGAUGAUCGAUUCGAAGAACAAAAUGAUGUGAACCGCUGUUGAGUGCCUCUAAUUAAUCAAUAAAUGAAUAUAACUCCAAA